AUCUUCUUUCGUUUUGUUUUUUCUUCUUUUACAAUAGUGACGAUUUUCUUCAAAAAAAACUUCCAAGAAGAAAAGGUGUAACUUUUUUUAAUUUUUAAUAACAAACAAAAACAAACAAGAGCAUGGAAUCUGAAAACAUCAGACUGCCCUGGCACAUGAAGGAUGAUGAGUUCGUGAGUUACAUGCGCAAGGUUCACAAGGAUGUUAUUGUUCUGGAUUGCUCUCAGUGCGAAAAUCUAACUCACGAAUCAUUCAUUCAACUAUCUCGUGAAGAAAUUGUUUUUGAUAAUUUGAAACAUUUAUACGUUCCAGAAAGUUCACCGUUUCCAGACUUAGUAUACGAGUGCCUCGCUUUUAUGACUCCUUCGCUGGAACAAAUUUCUAAUUUGCGAAGCAACCCAAACAACACAUGCGACCAAUUGAAAUGUUAUGCCUUUUUUAAGAAAUCAAAUAUAAAAGUUCUUCAAGAUAAUCCGGUGGAAAAUUACGGCAGGAUCAACCACGCUUCAAAAACGACGGCAGAAAAACAGAAACGUCAAAAAUGGGAGCAGGAUUUGGCCAAGGUGGCGAUCAGUUGUCAAAAAAUUGAAAGUUACAUAUGCCACGGUGGUUUCGAUUAUUUGGACGACAAGUCUUUCGAAAGGUUGUCAGUCUUGAUGCCGGGUCUGAACUCAAUCGAGUUGAAACGGUGCUCCUUGAGUGAUGAGGGGUUCGUCAAAUUUUUUGCGAUGAAUAAAUUUAAUAAACUCGUCAAAAUAGUUCUAGACGACAUCGGGUCCGAUAUUACGGACAAGUCGCUUAAAAUUAUUGCGGAUAACUGUCCUCAACUUAAAAAACUGAGUUUGAUCAGAUUGGAUAAAAUUUCAAAGCUGGGUUUAGAUUACCUCAGCAAAAAAUGUUUUCAAUUGAUGGAACUGUCCGUAGAUGGCAAGCAAAAAAGAACGGCGUUCAAUGCCUUGGCACCGCAGAGCAACAGCCAGGAUAACGAAUGUCGUGUUUUGGACGAAAGUGUAUUUAUUAAUAUAGGCUUGCUAGCCACGCAGUUGAGCGUUUUAAGACUUCAGAGGUGUGAUAUUAUUUUUAAAACGAUUGCCGAACGCUGUGAUAUUUAUUUAAAUCUCAAAAGUCUUUCAUUAUUCGAUUGUUCAUUCGGUAGCUUUUCUCCGUUUGUUGAUUUUCUUACACAACUAAAAUGUCUGUCCGAUCUAGCAUUUGUCGACUGUCAAUUUGUCACUCCUGAAAUCGUUAUCAAUGUCAUCGUCAAACUAACCAACCUAAAAAAACUGACGUUGAUGUGCAAGAAUAAAUUAUUUUACUCCGAUGUCGCUCCAGUAGCGAAGGAAGCCUACACGAUGUUGACUGGUGAGAACGGUGGAAGGUUCAAGUUGAGUUCAGUCGAACAUCUGACAGUGCAGGGCGUGUCUGGACAGUUUCUUCGCUUGCUCACCGCACUCUGCUCUCAAACGACAACCUUAGAUUACCGUCAUUGUGGCAUCCCGUUUGUAGAAAAAGAGAAAAACAGUUUUAAAAAUAUUGUGGACUGCGAAGAUCUUAUAGAGGCUGUGUCGGCUUGCGAAUAUUUAAAAGUUUUGGAGGUCUCCUCGCAUUCUAUCGGCAACGAAUCUCACAACUCUAAAUUGAACAACGAAUUCUUCAAAGUUAUAUCUACUCGCCUAUCUAGUCUCCAACAUAUCUCAAUUGACUACGAUUUAAAGGAGGUUUCGAAAGAGUCCAUCUUGCAUUUCAUUAAAAACUCGAUAUGUCUGCAAACUGUCUAUUUCAAUAUCGCCGGCUGCUCCUUUGACGAAAGUUAUCUUCUGAAAGCUGCACAGAAUUUUCGCGGGAGGUGUGAGAUGAGUAUAAAUUCUUUCAAAAACAAUGACAACGUCUUCAUGAAGAUUGUUCGUUUAGAAUUUAUUGCACCUCAAAAUUGAAAAAUAACGAUUUUUCAAACAUAUUUUUAUUUUUAGACAUUUUCUAGGAUCAUUCAAUAAAAUUUUAAUUUAAUAUUUUUGUAUUUAUCACAGUCUACACAAUUUUGGAUGUUGUAUAUCUUUAAUUAUUAUUUUUUUUUCUAAUUUAAUUUCGCUUUUUUUCGAUAAAUUUUGACGCAUUUAUAUUUGCAUCUAUACGAAUCACAAACAAUCUGUUGUGCUGACUACUUAAUUAAUUGUAUGACUACAAAUUUUUAGGUCCUGUUAAUAAUAAUUCAUUUUGCAAUAAUUUUUAUAAAAAUUUAUUCAAAAUAAAAAUGCAAAAGAUUUUUAA